AAUGGCUUAUUCAUCGAAAUUUUCCGAUUUUUCGUUGGUUUUGCUCUUCCUAUUACCCUUUGUGAGCAUUGCUCCCUCGGCUGAUGCUCGAGCUUUCUUUAUUUUCGGUGAUUCCCUUGUCGAUAGCGGCAACAACAACUACCUUGCCACGACAGCUCGUGCCGAUUCACCGCCUUAUGGGGUCGAUUAUCCGAGUCGAAGACCAACGGGGCGGUUCUCUAAUGGACUUAACAUCCCGGACUUGAUUGGUCAGAAAAUCGGCUUAUCGGAAUCACCAUUGCCGUAUUUGAGUCCAGACUUCAAUGGGAAAAAGUUGCUUAUUGGCGCCAACUUUGCUUCAGCUGGUGUGGGAAUCCUUAAUGACACAGGAGUUCAAUUUGUAAAUAUACUAAGAAUGUAUAGACAACUAGAGUUGUUUCAAGAAUACAAGCGGAGACUGUCGGGUCAGGUAGGAUCGAAGCAAGCUCGUAAACUCGUAAACCAAGCACUCGUACUCAUCACCGUCGGCGGUAACGAUUUCGUCAACAACUACUACUUGGUGCCUUACUCCGCAAGGUCUAGCCAAUAUAAAUUGCUUGAUUAUGUCAAGUUUGUCAUUUCGGAAUAUCAGAGACUCUUGAUGAGGCUAUACAAGCUGGGGGCACGCAGGGUUCUAGUGACGGGCACGGGACCGAUGGGCUGCGUUCCGGCUGAACUGGCUAUGCGGGGAACGAAUGGCGGAUGCUCCGAAGAACUGCAACGUGCUGCAUCGUUGUACAAUCCCCAACUUGUUCAGAUGUUAAAUGGACUCAACAAGCAGAUAGGCAAAAAUGUCUUCAUUAGUGCGAAUACUCAGAGAAUGCACAGCGAUUUUGUUAGCGAUCCUCGAGCAUUCGGAUUUGUGACAUCGCAGAUAGCCUGUUGUGGACAAGGACCGUACAACGGACUCGGUCUGUGCACGCAGCUGUCGAAUCUGUGUCCGAAUCGAGCUCUGUACGCGUUUUGGGAUCCAUUCCAUCCAUCAGAGAAGGCAAACAGAUUGAUCGUGGAACAAAUAAUGACAGGGUCUAAUGAGUACAUGCACCCCAUGAAUCUCAGCACUAUCAUGGCAAUGGAUUCUAGGAUUUGACAAUAACUCUUUCCUUUUCGUUUGGUUUUACUUCAUCUGUCACAUGUUGUGCAAUAAUCUGUUUGUUCAACUGUCCUAAAUGUUAAAUUCCGAACCUGUUUGCUUUUCUCUUUGGAUGUA